CCCUUUUUUGGAUUUUUGAGGAAUAAGUUGCUAAUGGAAUACAUUUCGAACAAUGUCUUCUCUCUAUUCUUUAACCCAAACACAGCGUGAGGUCUAUUUCAAAUAUUCAACAACUCCGAUCAGAAACGAACAUUACUAUGCAUCACAAGCCUCUCAAAGCUCUUCUGCCCCAGCCGACCCGGCGCGGAAGCGAGAGCACCAAAACGCGCAUACAGAGAUCAGCAGCGACACUUACCAUUCCACGAACACCGAUGACAACCACAACGCCUGCGAUAUAAGCGACGAGGACCCACGACUUGCAAAGAAACGAAAGCCACGCUUAGCGCUUGCUGUGAUUUUAGCCACUUCUCGAGGGUAUACCCUAGAGCUCCAUAUCGGACAGCCUAGAUUUUUUGUAGCGUUGUCAAUCGCUACACCGAAGAUUAACGACGCGCAACUUUAAGUUAAUCACGGAUAUCCGUCAACCUUAAUCAAUAGCCACCACUAUGCCUCACGAAUUUUUCGAAAGUCUUGACCUCCGG